AUGUAUAAUAAUGAUUUGAAAAUUAAUUGUUCUAAUGAUAUUUUGUCAUGUAUUGAUCGCUAUGGAAUAUCAGCAUUUUGGCAUGUAUACACAGUUCCAGAUACCUCAACUGUUUGCUUUAUUCAUAUUGUUUUUAGUCCUGGGCCAUCAAUUGAUUAUUCUGUAGUUGUGAAUGACAAUCAAGAAAUGUCUGUAUUUAUUAAAGAAAAAUCUAUUAUGCAAUUAUCUCCUUACACAUUCCCACAUAAAGUUACAAAUUUUAAUGAAAUUAGGACUGUUUUAGAUAAAUUGGCUAAUCUUCAAACCAAAGAGUUAAAUUCAAAAUUAACCAUAACAAUUGAUAUAAUUAAUGAAUUACUGCAAACUAUCUCUAACGACAAAAAUGAGAGCAUUAUUAAAUUUUUGCAAGACCAGAUGAAUCUUUUACUUUGCCCUAAAAAUAAUUUUAGAUACAAUCCUGAUGUACUAGUGUUAGCAUGCUUGUUAAAUACUAUAUCACCACAUGCAUAUAAAUUUUUAAGGGAUAGUGGCAGUAUUAUUAUGCCUCAUCCUUCGACUUUAAAAAAAAUUUGUAGCAAUUUAGUAUUGUCACCAUGUAAUGAAACUAUUGAUGAAAAUUUUUUAAAAUAUAUAAAAAAUCGUGUAACUUUCCUUGAGGAUCGAGAAAGAAAAGUGAUUCUUUUGGUAGAUGAAAUUUAUGUUCAGCCAUAUUUUGAUUACAAAGGAGGCUCUGUCGUUGGGGCUGCAUUUGAUUCUUCCAGUCCGGCAACCAGUGCAUUUGCUUUUAUGAUAUCCAGUUUGGAAUCUUCAUUCAAAGAGGUAGUACAUAUUAUGCCUGUUAACACAAUAAAUUUUGAAACAUUACAUUAUGUAAUUAAAAAAGUGAUUAGAGGUCUUGAAAAUAUGGGAAUUAUUGUUAUUUGUGUUAUUACAGACAACAAUGCAAUAAAUAGAAAAGCCAUGAGUUUGUUUUCAAAUCCACCACGUAAUUCAUUUGUUUACAAACAUCCAAUGAAUGGGAAUAGACCUCUUUUCUAUAUAAUAGAUGCAGUUCAUUUAUUUAAAAAUAUAAGGAACAAUUGGCUGAACCAGAAAAAUCCUGGUACAUGUAUGUUUGUUUUUUCCAAAUAUUGA